AAUAUGUUGGAGUCAAAAUAGACGAUCUUUCUUUGUCCAGGCUUCAUUUUCAUGUCAGCAUUGACGCCUCGGGUUGGACCACCUUCCCUCUAUUUGGCGCUCCAUCUGCAACUAACAGAUCGAGAGAGAGAGGAGCUUCUCGUUGGACUUAGAAUAUAUAGCAGGAGAGAAGCUUACAAAAAGAGCCAAGCUUCUCCAGAGUCAAAGGUUUCUGGGUAAGCGGAAGAAGAAGGAGAAGCUCUUGCUGGGUUGAAUGGUAGUUGGGUAGAGAGAUCCUUCACGGCCUCUUCUAACUGGCUGGAGAAAGGCAGGCCUGAACAAAGUGAAAGAGGUUUUUAUUUCCAAUGAAUCAGUUUGAAAAGAAUGAAACUGACUUGGAAGGCGGAAAAUUGUUAAAAGAUGGAGAUAAAGCAACACGAGGUAAUAAGGUGGUUAAAUCACAGAAUCAGGCCUUGUUGGCUGGUCUUGCAUAUUGCAUAUCGUCGUGCAGCAUGAUAUUAGUUAACAAAUUCGUGCUUUCGAGCUACAACUUUGAUGCUGGAAUUUCUCUGAUGCUGUACCAGAACCUAGUCUCGGUUAUAAUCGUUUCUGUGUUGAGUUUUCUGGGCAUAAUAUCAACCGAGCCGCUAACAUGGAGAUUGGUUAAGGUCUGGUUGCCUGUGAAUGUUAUAUUCGUUGGGAUGCUCAUUACAAGCAUGUUUAGCUUAAAGUACAUCAAUGUAGCAAUGGUCACGGUCCUAAAGAAUGUUACCAAUGUGAUAACUGCUAUUGGUGAAAUGUAUCUAUUCCAAAAGCACCAUGACAGCAGAGUAUGGGCUGCUUUGUUUCUAAUGAUAAUUUCAGCAAUUUCUGGAGGCGUGACUGAUUUAUCUUUCCAUGCCGUCGGCUAUGCAUGGCAAAUCAUUAACUGUUUCUUGACUGCUUCAUAUUCUCUGACUCUACGUAGGGUCAUGGAUACAGCAAAGCUUGUUACAAAAUCUGGAAAGCUGAAUGAGUUUUCAAUGGUCUUGCUAAUAUUCUGUUUGCUCUGCUUUGAUAUUAUUUCCCCGCUUCUUUGUUGCUUUGCAAGGUGUGGGGUUGGGCUACACGUAUAUGUUUCUCUCUACCUCUCUUUCUACAUGCCGUUGCCUCUCCACGUGCAGGAUGUGGCUACAUGUGAUGUGAGGGAGGGUGUUAGCUUGACACCACUUUUGAGGUUACCAACCUUCUGGAUGGUAAUGACGCUAAGUGGAUUUUCUGGUCUUGCAAUCAGCUUCACGUCUAUGUGGUUUCUUCAUCAAACAGGUGCCACCACAUACAGCCUUGUGGGGUCGCUGAAUAAGAUCCCUCUAUCUGUUGCUGGUAUCCUACUUUUCAAAGUCCCGACCAGUUUAGAGAACUCCGCUAGCAUUUUCUUUGGUCUUGUGGCUGGAGUAUUUUUUGCUAGAGCCAAAAUGCGGGAGAGAUCUCAAUCCUGAACUGUUGUAACUAGUUAAUAUUUGAUGACAACCAAGUUUUUCACUGUGUGAAAGCUGCAUCCGGCUGCCUUAAUAUCUCAUUCUUCAAUUUUGGGAAAUCAUUUUAUAGAUUCUCAUGAAGUCUUAAAGAAGAUUCUGCUGGGCAUUAGGAAAACUUCCAUUCAACUUCAUCAGGCCAUCUAGAGAUGUUGUGUACCAAACCUUACUACUAAUUUUUUCACCAAUCUGUAUUUUGUUGUGUAACUCAUUCCUCUGUAUCAUCUUUGCUAGUCUUAUACAAACAAUUAUUCUGAAACUCGUGCUAAAUUGGGAGAAAAAUGAUCUCCCUAAGAUAAUGUUGAAAAAAAAAAAACUUUGUUUUCAGGUA